CGAGGAGAACCGCAGCGCCAGGUGAUGGCGGCAACGCGCGGGGCAGCGCGGCCCCGCCCGAGGCCGGUGACGUGCGCUCCGCCUCCAUGCUUAAGGGGCGGCGGCAGCGCCUCUGUGGAGUCGUGCGCGGCACCGGUAGAGCGGCGGGCUGCGUGCGGGGAGCUGCUCGGGCAGCGCUGGUGUCACCGCGGGCGGCUUGGCGAAGACGGUCAAUUUAGAUUUUGAUACGAGACAUUAAAGAUGACACCAAAGCACGAAAAACAAGAAUUUGUUACUGUUUUGGUGCGAGACCCCAGGACACAGAAAGAAGACUCAUGGCAUUCUUACAUAGACUACGAGAUAUUUAUUCAUACAAACAGUAUGUGCUUUACGAGGAAAACAUCCUGUGUUAGACGACGCUUCCGAGAAUUUGUUUGGCUUCGGCAGAGGCUUCAGAGCAAUGCUGUGCUCAUACAGUUACCUGAACUGCCAUCUAAAACUCCCUUUUUCAAUAUGAACAAUCCCCAUCAUGUGGACCAUCGUCGCCAGGGUCUGCAGGAGUUUCUGGAGAAGAUUCUACAAAAUGCAUUAUUGCUCUCAGACAGCAGGCUUCACCUCUUCCUACAGACUCAGCUAAGUCCGGAAGAUAUGGAGGCUUGUGUAUGUGGGCAGACCAAAUAUUCUGUCGCUGAUGCGAUUCAGAAGUUUGCCUCUUUGAACAGGCGCUUUCCUAUAGAAGAUGAAGAGAGAAAAAAAGGAGGAAACGAUGCAGACUCUGAUUCGGAGAGUUCAUCCUCCGGGCUUGGACCUAGUGAUGACAGCAUUUCAUGUGGAUGUAAAGCAAGCCUAGCUUCUGAAGAAUCAUGAAAGAUCUGUUCUGUAUUCUUACCUUAAGGACAGCACAAAAUGGUUUCUCCUAUGUUUACUAGUUACAUACACCACAUGAAUGCACCUUGCUAGCAACAUGCACCUAAAAGACUUAUUGUCAACACAACAGUAUGUCCUUACAGAGUUUUUAAACAGACCUCGAUAUUAUUUCAUUGAUCUAUUAUGUCUGCUGACUCAGGUCUAUGUGUUACCUAUUGCAUUUACUUCUCUGUAACUAUUAUAAUCUCAGCAUUGGGUUAGUCAUGUUCCACUGACUGACGUGGCUGUUAAAAUAUUUCCCUUAGUGAGUUCACGUCUUAGAGCUGGAAAAAUAAAGAUAACUUCAUCCUCAGCUUUAGAGUUGGUGUAUCAUAUCAAACACAGUCAAAGCAUCUUUUUGUAAUUUGCAACAGAGAAGUUUCAUCUUUAGAAGUCAUUUGACAUUGGUGAUGAAAUUACAUACCCCACAAGGUAUUAACUUUUUCAAGUAGCUCAGCAACAUCAGCAAAACAACAUUUGUACAAACUAUACGCUGCUGACAAUUUGAGAUAUAAAUAUAUCUUCCCUGAUCUUUCUGUGAUGUUUAUGGAAAGCCUGUUUUUAUCGCGUAUAAGAACUUAAGGCCAAAAUUCUUGUGUAUGGUUGCUUGGAAAUUGGAAAUGAUAAUAAAAAUGACAUAACUUCUAGGGUUGCUGAGGAUUCUCAGUUCCCAGGGAAAUUUUGGGUACUCGUUCCCAGUGAGAAUCUUGGAUGCAGUCCAUUAAAAAACCAAUGGCUGAAUUUUCCACUGACUGCACUGUGGCCAGGACUCCACCCAACAUAUUUAACUUCAGGCACCUACAUGAAGAUGUCAGGAGCCAUGCUUUAAUGUAGCAGCAUAAAUGCUGUCUGUCACUCCAAGGUGAUGAUGAUCCCAUAGCUGCAACAAGCAGCGUGAAUGCAGGCUGGAAUCUUUGGGAAUAACCGGAGCUGCCGGUUCCAUUGUGGCUGCAGUUAGCACAUGGAUACGGAGCACUGCACAAACAAAAGGCAGGCUUGGACACAACUUUGUAACCACCAAUUCUUAUUUUGAUUAAACGUCAGCACUGCUCUUUAUUGUUAGCAGCAGCUGCGUAGCGUCUUGUCCCAGGCUCUGUCAAAGGAAUACGUUUCGCUGUGGUGCCGUAUUUAUAUUUGACAUUUAGCUGCUAUUAAAAAGAGCUGGGGGGUCCGAUGGGCCCAGCAGAGCUCUGUGUGCUCCGGCGCUGUGCUCCCAGCCUAAAAUGGGUGCGUGCGUCCUCUUUAAGAAAUAUGGGGCUACUUUCAAAGAAAGAGCGUUGUUAACCUCCUAUGCGUUACAGAAACAAUAGAUUAUUAACUGGACACCUCAUAAAGGUUAGCACAGGCAUGUGCGGGCACGCUUUUUUAAAGCAUCCAGCUGGGAAUCUGUGUAAUUUUAGAAACGUGUUUUAAUAGCCUGAGGAUAACAUCUCUUAGGUAACUGCUCCGAGCCACUGUUUUCUGUUGAUGGCAGCGCUUUCCUGAGAUAAAUACCCGUGCCUCUUUUUGCUUAGUCUGAUUGAAUUGCACAAAUGGAUCUCUUUGCCAUCUCGGCUUGUGUGCCAGUUAGCAACGAAGCUGUUUUAACGUAAAACUGAUAACAUUUAAUUAACGCAACAAGUUACUGCUAAAAGUAGCCUAAAAAUAGCUAUUAGUGCCACGCAGCGAUGGUUCCAUUGCACAACUUCGUUUUAAGAGGGUGCAUUAUUAGAAAAAUUGUUUGGGAGCUUAUUUAAAAGGCGGGGAUAUAUAAAACUGGAAAUGGGAGCGAUGUCAGAGGAUGAUAGUGCUGUUUUUAUUUAAUGAAGUAUAGGAUGAGUGGGCUUUCUUUUAUUUUUCUAAUAUUAUUUUUAGGUUUUGUUUGGAAAGCUCAAGCCGGGCUGCUGAAGCACUUCACUGCCCUGCCCUGCAAACAAGCCCUCAAUAUUUGACAAAGUGCAGAAGCACGGAGCCUGGAGAAACCUUUGUGGCUGUUUUGUUUUUCCAUUCCAGGAGCUGAUCUGUUUGUGCGCUGCUGAAUGGAUUCCAAACAAAGGUGUUUCCGAAAUAAAUAUCAGUUUUCUAUCAGUUCUGUUCUUAUCUUGCUGUUUCCUUUGUCAGGUUGCUCGAAAGUUGGAAUUCUACAGCAGCUCUUUCUUCUGAUCGGACAGAAAUGUGUUUAAAUAUUUAUCUUCUCACUGUUGGGUGUAUUGGUUGUACUACUGCAUCUUUUUUAUUAUUAUUAAAAAGGAAGGAAAAGUG